GUAAAAAAAGACAAAACCCAAUAUACAGUGGGAUUCAAAUACCAAAACCCAACUCACUUCGACGAAAGCUUAAGCAACUCGGCCGUUCCUCCUGGUGGAGUAAGAAAAAUCUGUGAGUGAUGAGCAAGAAGAAGAAUCCUUUAGUAUUCUUGGAUGUUUCAAUUGGUGGGGAACCAGUUCAAAGAAUUAUCAUAGAACUCUUUGCUAAUGUUGUUCCUAAAACUGCAGACAAUUUCAGGGCUCUCUGUACAGGUGAAAAGGGGAUUGGGAAGACUACGGAGAAGCCUCUUCACUACAAAGGAACAUUUUUUCAUCGAAUUAUUAAAGGGUUCAUGGCUCAAGGUGGUGAUUUUUCACGGGGAAAUGGGACUGGUGGUGAAAGUGUUUAUGGUGGAAAAUUUUCCGAUGAGAACUUCAAGCUAAAACAUGAUGGACCUGGCAUUCUUUCCAUGGCAAACAGCGGUCCAAACACUAAUGGAUCUCAAUUCUUUAUAACGUUUAAGCCCCAACCUCACCUUGACGGGAAACAUGUUGUCUUUGGAAAAGUUGUGAUGGGAAUGGAUGUUGUGAAGGAAAUUGAGCAGAUUGGAACGGCUGAUGGGAAACCUGGACAACCUGUGAAAAUUGUAAACUGUGGUGAACCAUCAGAGAUUAAGGAUGAAGCUGUGGUAAAAAAGGAAAAAGAGAAAAAGAAAAAGUCGAACAAGAUUACAUCUUCAGAAUCUAGUUCUGAUGACCAAGGGAGAGGCAGACAGAUGAAGUCCUCAAAGGACCGAAGAAAAAAGAGGAAGAGAUACUCUUCAUCUGAUUCAUACAGCUCUGAUACUGAAUCUGAUUCAUAUUCUUCAGAUUCAGACUCGUCACUUUCUGAUUCUAGUUCCUCAAGUGAUGGAAGGUACAGGAAGAGGAGAUCCAAGAAAACAGCAAAGCCCCAGCAUGGAAGGAAAAGAAAAGGCCGAAAAAGAGAGAAAAGAGGCCGACUGGGAAAGCGUUCGAAGCGCAAGACUAAAUGGAGCUCUGGGAGUUCAACUGACACAGGUAGUGAGAGUACAAGUGAUAGCAGUAGUAGUUCUGAUGGUGAAAGAGUUCAUCAUCGUGCCACUACUCGUAAAAUUAAGGAUUCUAAGCAUUCUGAGACUAAAUCAAAAGGAAUUACUGAUGGGAAGGAAUCCUUGAACCCUGUUACUGAGACCACUGUGGAAAAACAGAAAAGUCGGGACCUUAAUUUACUACAGGAAGAAGGUGAACUGUCCCCAAAGCACGAUGAUAUUCCAAACAAUAAUCAUAAAACUGAAACUGAGAAACUUGAGAGAUCUCCUAAUCAACGCCCUGUUUCAGAUGGCUCUAACUCCUCUAGGAGCACUACCCCUGAAAGGCCAAGAAACAUCCCCAGUAGCAAUCUUACCAGAAGUCCUGUUAAGACAUUUGGAAAUCCUGGGAUGAAGUACAGUGAGCGGAAUAGGCCAAGGUCCUCUCGGAGCCCUGUUUGUAGUCCUGUUAGAAAAGCUCCCAAUCCUUCUGUUUCAAAUCAUGGUCAAACUUCUUCAAGAAGCCAUUCUCCAAAUGGCACCCCAAAACGUGUUAGGAAGGGGCGUGGUUUUACCGAGCAGUACUCAUUCGUGCGUCGUUACCGUACUCCAUCACCCGAACGUCCUCGUAGUUAUGGUGGCAGAAAUAAUUAUGGAAGAAGUCAUAAUGGGUAUUCAAGCUACAGAAACAAACGUGAUUGGUCACCUGAUAGGCGAUAUCGGAGCCCACCUAGAGGCAGGAGCCCUUCAAGAUAUCGAAGGAAGAGUCGGAGUGUUUCACGCAGUCCAGGAAGUUACCGUGGUCGUUACAGAGACCGUAGCAAGAGUCGGAGUCCAGUACGGAGUCCUAGUCCUUUGGAAAAGCGAACUCAAAUAAGCGAUAGACUAAAAUCACGUCUUGGACCGAAGAGCAAUUUUUCCCCAGAGAAAGAAACUUCGCAGUCAAGGAAUCAUAAUCGUAAUCGUAAUUCUAGCUUGUCCCGUUCGAUAUCUCCAGAUAAACAUCGCAGUGCUGCUGCUUCUCCUAGUCGGUCUAGAUCGAGCUCCUUGUCUGGACAAAGGGGGUUAGUUUCCUAUGGAAAUGGUAGCCCUGAAUCUUGAUAAGCUUUUUUGUACAACUAUCUGCUCGUCAAUCCUUCUCCUUCCUUUGAUAGAAUGAAUGUAAUUUCCUAAAAGUGAUUUGUUUGUUUAUAUUCGGAUUUGGUUUCUGUUCUUUUCCUUUAGUCCGACACACACUUGUAAGGUUAGUGACAUCUCAUUUUGACCUUAAUUUUGAUUUGUUCAUAUA